GAAAAAAUUGAUGAAAAGGCAAAUUUCUGAUUCUCUUGGAACUAUCUGCAUGUUGCUAGCUGCUAUUAUACGGGGUGCUGCGGGAGCAACAUGCGGUUCAUCUGGGAUUCCAUUUCGAUUAGAAGUGCUGCCCAGUGGGCAGCUGGUUCUUGGAUGCGCCAGUCCGUCCUGUUUUGGCGCCGAACAAGGUGGUCGAUCGGUGAUGCACGACAGCAAAUUCGAGGAAUGUUUUAUUUAUUUAUCAUUUGGGCAGUCGGUACUAGAAUCCAGAGUUAUUGGGUUAUUCGGCCUACCUGGCCGAAGCUGUGCCAGUUUUUCUUGUACUGAGCCGCAUACCUGCAAUCAGCAUACGCCACUUGCACUGGGAUGCGUGUUCCACCUGUUCAUGCAAGUAUCAUCGCGCAACGGCUCACUGAAUCAUGUGGCAAAUAGGAAAUUUUCGCAUGAGGCAGAAGAAGGCGAUGAUGGCUUCUUCCGUGAGGGCGAUAUGCAGAAACCAAAAAGUCGGUACCAAAGCGCACCUGCUGAGUUGGCCGACUGUCCACAAACAUUUUCAUUGGGAUCAUGCCCAGCAAGCGAUUCUUGGGUUGGAGGAAUUCUCAGAGACGAGGAUGGAAAGUUUGUAUGAAG